AUGGAUAAUUUUCAAAUUUACGAAGAGAUUGGCAAGGGUAGCUCAUCGGUGGUGUAUAAGGGAAGAAAACGAAAAACUAUUGAAUAUGCAGCAGUAAAAUGUGUUGAAAAGCACCACCAUCAAAAGGUGUUCAACGAAUACUGUACUGGAGAUUUAAUGACCUUGUUAUCCCAAGAUCAAAGGCUGCCGGAGGAAGCAAUCCAUUUAUUUGCUCUUGAUAUUGUCAACGGACUUCAAUAUGUUCAUUCUAGGGGCGUUGUUUACUGUGAUUUGAAACCUUCAAACAUUUUAAUUGAUGGAUGUGGUAUUUUGAAAUUAAGUGGCUUCGGAUUGUCAAAAUUGAUGAAAGAAAUUGACCAAAGUUUAUCGUCUCCAAUUACAACUCCUUCAACAACAUCAUCAGCUUCGGAAAAACCAAAUGAUGGAAAAUUAAAACGAGGAACUCUUUGUUAUACCGCUCCAGAACUGUUGAUGGGAGGAUUUCAUUCUGUGUAUUCAGAUUUUUGGUCUUUGGGAUGUAUUCUCUAUGAAAUGGCUUCGGGAAAACCACCUUUUGUUGGUUCCACACCAGAGCAGACCAUGGAAUUAAUUCUGAACUCGGAGCUUAAACCAAUCGAAAACUGCAGCGAGGAACUCAAUGAUUUAAUUAAGUCUCUACUUCAGAAAAACUCUUUGGACAGAAUAACAUGGGACGAAUUAAGAGAACAUCCCUUUUGGAAGGAAAAAAUAGUGGCUCCUCCUGAAGAAUUAAGGAAACAUCUCCAUCCUUCUCCAGUUUAUCUCAAUAGUGUUAAACUUAUUUAUUCAAAAACCUCUAAAAGUGAAAACGUAAUGAGGCUAUCCAAGAUUGUUCAGUCUAAUCUUGAAAAAGAGCUUGGACCAAGUUACGACGGACGAUCAAGCGAAAAACCUUCUGGCAAAAAAGUUACAGACAUUGAAUACAAUUUCGACGAGUCUGAUAACGAAAGCGGAGAUGAUCUCUCAAAAGAAAAUGCAGAAAUGGACGAAGAGGAACAAGGAUUCAGCGAAUCAUCUGAUGCCAGAAAUCAUGAGAAGGAUAGCGCGGAGCCAAUUAUAAGAAGGCCCAGUUCCCAAAAUAAUGUUACGAAUUUGAAAUUGUCCAUUUCUGAUGUCCAAAAGCUAAUGUUUAAUCAGUCAGACACUUAUGUCAAGCCAAUAAUUAUGAACUCCAGAAUUGAAAAAGUAUCAAGUCCAAAGUAUGACAAAACAAAGUUGCCCUUCGAGCCUCAUCCUCUCAAAAAGGUGUUAAACAUGCCUCAAAAAGACCUGGAAAACUUUCUUACGCAAAUAUACAAGGCUCUGGUAGCCAAUGGAGACAACACCGUGAAACUUAAUUGCUUAUGCUACUUUGAAACUCUUUGUACAGACACCCAAUCAUCCAAUUUACUCGUGAACAGUUCCCUAAUGAAACUGUUUAUCAAAAUGUUGAAAGCUUACAAAUCACCCAUGCUAAGGGUUAGGUUAUGCUCUGUCACAGGAUUGUUGGUAAGACAUGCUACAUACAUCUCUGGAGACUUGUUGAACAAUGAAAUCUUUGACGUGUUUGUUGAACUUGUGCAGAAGGAUAAUGGUGUGAAAGUGAAAAGAAGAGCAUUGGCAUGUAUGGGAGAAUUAGUAUUUUAUGUUGCAACACAGAUACCCUCUAACCAAAAAGAAAUUACAUUGGUCGAUUUGCCACACUCAAUCGUUACUACUGUUGUGGAUAGUUUGAAGUUUUCUGAUGAAGUGGUUCAACAUUACGCUACAAAGACCAUUGAAAACAUAGCAGCCCAGAGCCCUCAAUACUCUCAAAAGUUUGCCACUGUGGAAUGCAUUUCUUCUCUGCUUCAAAUUUUCUUUUCCUCAAAGAAUGAGUUCCUUAGGGGAAGUGCUAUUUCUUCUUUAGCACGAAUGGCAAGAAAUAAGGCAUCCCUGUCAUUGCAGCUUGUUGAGCUUAUUACACCCAAAAAACUAAUGUCCUUACUGAAAGAUGGUAACAUCAGAGUGCAACAAUCUGCUAUUAACAUCAUCAACAUGGCUCUUCUCUCCGACUCUAACUCUAAGCUUUGUAAAGCUUUGGUUGAGGAUCCAGCAUUUGAGGAUGCAUUAUCCCUUCUUGUCGACCAUCAAAGUUACACACUCAGAGCUAAAUGCUUGAUAACAUAUUUCAUUAUUUCUAAAAACAACACUAAUUUUAUUGUGAAGAGCUUUGGUCCAAAACUCUGUGCUUGCUUGGACAGAUUAAUGACAAAGGAAAAAGAACAAUAUGUGAGGACAUGUUUACUCGGAUUAUUGGAUUCAGUGAGCGAGCUUAUUCCAUCAUUGCUACAACAAAUUUUCCAACAGCUAGACAAAAACAUGAGUGCUUCGACCAUCGCAGCACAAAACAAAAAUCUUGAGUUUGUUUUGCUUGUGAUGACAACACCCUCAUUGAGCGAACGGUUAAUAACAGAGAACAUCAUUAUUCAGUUAUCUAAGUUACUGAAUCAAAUUGGAUCAAAAGCUGGAUUGGAGGAAUCAUCAAAUACAGUGCUUCUUGUGAUUGAGGCUCUGUCAAGACAACCAAUGACGCCGUCCUACCACAAAGUUGUUGUUAGUUCCUUGCUUCCUUCUUUAGUUGAAAUGCUCAACAACACAAAUGGAGAUGUUCGAUUUUUAUGCUUGAAAAUAUUUACCGACAUCCUUGUUCAAUUUCUUAACGACAAGAAUGUAUAUAAUUUACAAGAUACAAGCCAUGAGUGUACAAAACAAGUUAAUGACUUCAUUGUAAAGAACCUACUCCCUAAGUACAAACAAAUUUUGGAUGACCAAGACCCAAUACCGCUUUACGGCUUGAAACUAUUGAACAACAUUGCCGAGCACAAUCCAGGAUUUGUUAGUGUCAUCAACCACUUCUCUCUGAUUCCAAAGCUUUUUGAAUUUUUUGAACUCGAACAUAGAAACAAUAACGUCCACAAUGUGAGAUUGAUUUUGAAGGUCGUAAACGCUGAAGUUUUGAGCUACGAUCAAUUAUACAAAUUAGGAAUAAUUUCAAAACUAAGCGCUGUUUUGAAGUAUGCAUUUGAAAAUGGUGUUGACACCUUCUUUGAGCCUUGUUUAGGCAUUGUAGACAACCUGCUUUAUAAAGCAGCGAAACUUCUUCAUCAUUCUAACAAGGGUGAAGAUUCCAAACAAGCUGAUUCCAUGUACACCAAUAACGCAGCACUCGUUGAAAAUUUACAAGUAUUUAUGAAGUUGUGCUCACAUGAAGAUUUAGGAAUUGCAGAGUCAGCAUGCCAUGUAGUACUGCUUCUAGCUCAACAGUACUCCUCAACGCAUGAACAGUUGUUUUCGUCUGCGGGUUUGGGAUUAAUAAGGAAAAUUUUAUUAAGUCAUGUUGAUUCCCUUGACGACAACGAGGCAGAGAAUGAGGAAGCAGAUAACAGCGUAAAACGAAUUUGUAACUAUAUGCUUAACGUUCUAUUAAUUAUUUGCCAAACAAACAACAAGAUGAUUUCCAGACUGAAGCGUGAAGAUAUGUUGCUUAUUGCCAUCAACAAGGUUAGUGAGAUAAGCGGCAACAAUGAAUCUUUGAACUCUCUCGCUUUGUCCGUGAAAAAGAUUGUUAGUGAAUAA